AAACUGACAAAACCGCACAUUCUCUCUCUCUCUGCAGCCAAUUCAUCGCCGAAGCUACAAAAGUCUUUGCGGCGAAAGGAAUCAUUUAUUUAUUUUUGCCUAUUUCUUCUUCCUACAAAAUAUGAAAUGAAAAUUAAGACAGAAACCUGCCCCAGACCAGCAGCGUCAGCGUUUCUCUUCUUUUUCUUGUCGUUCCAUUGGCCAUGGGUGGUUCCUUUCUCCUCUUGUCUUCUUUCCUCCUCUCCAUUUUUGCUUGUUUGCGAAGCUUCUCCCUCGUUUACGCCGAUACUAAUCUCACCCAACCGUCAUUUACCCCCAUCAACCGCGAUCUCUACCAUUCAAGUAAUGAUUUGAUUGAACAGAUAAAGUCUUUGGUCCAUCGACACCCUGACAAAUUUACUGUAGAAACAAUUAAAGCUGGGAACAAAGGCUACGGAGCAGAGAUCACUGUUGUUACUUAUUGUCGAAGUAGGAAAGAGAGUGAUGAGAGGUCAAAGUUCCGGAUCCUUCUUAGUUUUGGGCAGCAUGGGAGGGAGCUUAUCACAUCUGAACUGGCAUUGCGUAUCUUGUCAAUCUUAAGUGAAGAACAGUUUCUAACCAAGAUGGACCGAGCUUCCAUAAAUAGUGCCCUUGAUAAUUUGGUUAUAAAGGUAGUGCCAAUGGAAAACUUGAAUGGCCGGAAGCUUGUUGAAGAAGGAGAUCUUUGUGAAAGGAGAAAUGGGAGAGGAGUUGAUCUCAACCGGAAUUGGAGUGUAGAUUGGGGAAAGAAGGAGAAGGACUAUGAUCCAUAUGAAGAGAAUCCUGGAAGUGCUGCUUUUAGUGAGCCUGAAACCCAAAUCAUGCGGAAACUUGCCAUAUCAUUUGAUCCUCACCUAUGGGUUAAUGUACACUCUGGGAUGGAGGCACUAUUUAUGCCAUAUGACCACAAAAACACAACGCCUGACGGAUUGCCAUCACAGCAAAUGAGAUUGUUGCUUGAAGAACUGAAUAAAGUUCAUUGCCACAAGCGUUGCAUGAUUGGUUCUGGUGGAGGUUCUGUCGGGUAUUUGGCACACGGGACAGCAACAGAUUACAUGUAUGAUGUUGCAAGAGUACCCAUGGCAUUCACCUUUGAGAUCUAUGGAGAUGGUACAGCAUCAACAAAAGACUGCUUUAAAAUGUUCAAUCCAGUUGACCAUACCACCUUCAAGAGAGUUGUCAAUGACUGGUCUGCUGCUUUUUUCACAAUUUUUAAGCUAUUACCUCGUCAGCUUGAUGUCCAUACCAAAGCUGCUGUAUCUAAUUUGGAGAAAUGGGUAUCCAUAGAUGAAUAUCUUGAUGGUUACUUAAUGGGGAGGAGAAACAGAUACGGGAAGAAGAUGGAGGUGCUUGAGGUUGGAAUGCAGGAAAUAAGAACAUAUUUCAGGCUUUUCUUGUUAUCCUCAGUACUGUUACUGUUCAUGUUCUGUUCCAGAAUUUCAAAAAGUAAGGGUGGCAGACAAAUUGUUUCGGCCAUGCCUCUUUGACAUUUUACAUAGAAUACAAAUGAGAGAGAGCUGUAUGUUAAUAUUCUUUGGUCCAUAAAGAUGUAUGCUGUGAUUUGCAAAAGUGAACAGAGAUAUUUUUGUACGUGUUGGUUACAUUCUUCUUAGAUAAUGUAGAUAUUUUUUGACGAUUC